UCACAGCAUUGAGAGUAGUUAAAUAUAGCUAAGUUAGCAAAGAGUGCAGAGAACUACUAUGUUUCGGCUAGUACACUGUUCUCUAUGAUUUAGAUACACAACUCCUGGAGCUAACGCGGUUUACGAGGACGGGGAAACUUCUGAAACCUCGAACAGCCUUGAUAUUUACUCAAAAAUAGCCAAAAUGGAGAGUCACGAAGGAGCGGCGUCUGGAAGAGACUGCGUGCUUGAUUUUUCCCGUCUUAGUUUGAACACUUUUAACGGUGACAGUGUCGGCGACCAGAGGAAAAAGGACACCAAACAGCUCUACCUGAACUACAACCGACUAACCUCUCUCCCCUCGUCGCUCAGUCUUUUCUGCAACCUAGAGUUUUUGGACAUCAGCAACAAUGGACUGACGACCAUCUGUGAGGGCAUUACGCGACUCGUCAAGCUUAAAACUCUUUUAGCUAAAAACAACCGCCUGAACGAGUUUUCUCUGCCCAAGAAGUUCGGCUCUUUGCAGCUGGAGGUGUUGAACUUUAGCGGAAAUCGGUUUGAGGAGAUCCCACUCCAGUGCACUAAACUGGUUCGUCUACAGUCGCUUUCAGUCGGUGGAAACAGAUUAAAAAGUAUUCCUUCAGAGAUAGAAAGUUUACCCUGUUUGGAGAUGUUGUAUUUGGGUGGAAACCUUAUUUCAGCCAUUCCUCCUGAAGUAGCAAACCUUCCCCGCCUCACUUACCUGGUGCUAUGUGAUAACCGAAUCCAAGGUGUGCCUCCACAGCUGACCAGACUCCACUCUCUGCGAUCUUUAAGCCUCCACAACAACCUGCUCACUUACCUGCCCAGAGAGAUCCUCAGUCUGGUCCACCUGCAGGAGCUCAGUCUCAGAGGCAACCCGCUGGUUGUGCGCUUCGUCAAAGAGAUGACCUACGACCCUCCGUCGCUGCUGGAGCUGGCAGGACGAACCAUAAAGAGCCGAAAUAUUCCUUACUUCCCUCAUGAACUGCCGUCAAAUCUGCUGCGCUAUCUGGACCUGGCCAGCAAGUGUCCCAACCCCAAGUGUGCCGGUGUGUAUUUUGACUCGUGCGUACGCCAGAUUAAAUUUGUUGACUUCUGCGGGAAGUACCGGCUGCCCCUCAUGCACUAUCUGUGCUCCCCCGAGUGCACCUCCCCCUGCAGCUCCAACCCGCAAAGCGAUGCCGAGUCAGAGGACGAGCACAGCGUGCAGGCCGAUCGUCUCCAGAGAGUUCUUCUGGGAUGAAACCACAGAAAUCUGAGCAGCGCUAGCUACAAACUUUACACAUUUUUAUUUUCACGCACAGCUGUCUCUCACAUUCAGCUGGUUUUGACAUUCACCUGCUUAAAACGCACAGAAUACAAGACGUCUGUGACGUGAGAGUACGUUUUUUGUGGAUUUUAUUUUAAUUAUUGUUUAUCUUUUCAGUACAUAAUUAAAAGGAGGGUUUAUGUUUUGUAUGCAUCUCUAUCUGCUUGUGAGAUGGUCAAACACAGGAGGGCAGUAAAAUGUGAAGGAUGGAGGAGCAGCAGGGUUGCUUUUUAGGGCAGUAUAUUUCCUCUCUACUGCAACACUAUUCUACAUGUUCCAACUAGACAAUUGUUUUAGAAACAUCUGAUAUAAUCUGAGUUUUGUGACCAAGUGAGCAUCAAGUACGGAAGAGGAAUGGGGCCACGGUGCAAUUCCCCCCCCCCCCCCCCCCACUCCUUUCUUCUGAGAAAAAAGUCAAAAUCCUCAGAUUAAAGUCAGAAUCCUCAGAUUAAAGUCGAAAUCCUCAGAUUAAAGUCGAAAUCCUCAAAUUAAAGUUGUGUGUGUGUGUGUGUAUGUGUGUGUGUGGGGGGGGGGGGUCAGACUCCUCAGAUUAAAGUCGGAAUCCUCAGAUUGAAUUUGGAAUCCUCAGAUUAAAGUCGGAAUCCUCAGAUUAAAGUCGGAAUCUUCUGAUUAAAUUCGGAAUCCUCAGAUUAAAGUCGGAAUCCUCAGAUUAAAGUCGGAAUCCUCAGAUUAAAGUUGGGGGGGGGGGGGGUCAUACUCCUCAGAUUGAAGUUGGAAUCCUCAGAUUAAAUUGGGAAUCCUCAGAUUAAAGUCGGAAUCCUCAGAUUGAAUUCA